AUGGCUUCUUCUCAGAGCAAGGACCUUCCCUUUUCCUCGUACUUCUCUGCGUUUGCAGCAAACUAUGUUCAGCAAACUGGAAGAAGCACACGCCGUGUCUUUGAGGAAUCUUUCGAAGAGAUUCAGGCAAUCAAGCCCAUCAACAAAGACUCUGUGGUGCAUGAUAAUGCUGCUGGGCCAGGAAUAGCUGCUUCGGUUAUUCUUGAAAGAUUGCCGUCCGAAGAUGUUCCUAAGAUCUUAGUGACGGACAACGUGCCUCCUAUGGUCCAGGGGGCUCAAGAUUCUUUCACGUCUUGGCCCCAGGUUGAACCAAAGGUUCUCGAUUCACUUAAUCUGGAAGGGAUUUCCGACGGCAACUUCACGCACAGCAUCCUCAAUUUUAGUGUCUUCACUCUCGCCAAGCCCGUAAAAGGCCUCAAGGAAAUGCACCGCACGCUCGAGCCAGAUGGCCUAGCUGUCAUCUCAUGCUGGAAACGCUUCGCCGCAGGCCAACUUAUUCAUGCCGCCCAAGCCGUUGUGCGACCUGACUUGCCUCCUCUGAAGAUACCCCAUCCUGAGUUUUUCGAGCAAGGUGUGUUGGAAAAGACUGCAGCCGAAGCUGGUUUCGAUUCUGCAAAGUUCAAGCUGUUGGAAAAGAGCAUUAUCGUUAGUGGGCCUGAACUUGACGAUGGGCUGAAGAAGUUUAUGCUUGGACCUUUGAUGGCGCCUGCUCGCGCUGGGUUUACGGAGGAGGAUGAGAAGAAGUGGUCUGCAGCCGUUGAUGAGGUUAUCAAGAAGGAGGUUGAAACUUAUGGAGGAGUCAAGUUUGAUGGAUGGGUUCUUCUAGCUCAGAAGUAA